AGAAGCAGAAGCAGAAGCAGAAGCAGAAGCAGAGGCAGAGAGAGAAACAAAGGUUGCGAUAAAACCGAGGAAGGAGAAGAUGUGAAUAAACGCCUCAAAUUCCGUGCCUUUGAGAAACUCUUCCCUGCGUACAUUCUCUCCCUCCAACAUCCAACACUAAUGAUAUCCCUUUUCCCUGAAUCUUGCCCAAUCAACCCAAGAAUGUGAAAUUCUGUGCCCAUGAAGAAAACCCACCCCAAACGACACCGUAUUCCCAGGAGAGGACCUGGCGUUGCAGAGCUUGAGAAGAUUUUGAAGGAGCAAGAAGGCGGCAACGGCGGCGGCAACGGCGGCCAAGAUCAAGCCGACAUUUCAUCUCUUCCACCAUCUUUUUUCCAACAUCGCCGCCGACACUCUCCGAGUAAUACUCCCUCCUCGUUAAACCCUCCCCGCCCUCCCCCGCCACCGCCUCCUCCUCCACUUCUUCCACCACCGCUCACACGCGAUUACGCUUCAUGGUCAAAUCUUCCGUUGUUCCCAACUCUUGAUUUUAUUCCCCCGGCCUUGCCAACCCCAACCCCCGCCGCCGCCGCCGCCGCCGCCGAAAAACCCUUGUUUCCAACAACCCGAAAAUCCGACGCCCAAAUCAAUUUGCCUCCACAUUUUUUCCCUACUUUUCAAUAUUCUGCCUCCUCUCACAAUCUAAUGAUGAAUAUCAUUCCAGGAUCUGCCACAUCGCCGGCGACCAGAUAUUAUCGUCAAAUAGAGCACCCUUCAAGCCAAAUAUCAACACAAUUCAACCACACAUGGACCUCACCGGAGGAACAACAAAAGAUGGUAAGUGCAAAGAGGGUGAGACCCUUUUUGGAUGAAGGCCAUAGGGAUCCAAAUGCUGAGAGCAGAGCUCCAUUUUUCACAAACAUGGCCACCAAAGAGUCUUCUUCGUCGUCUUCAUCGUCGUCCUCUUCUUCCAUGGACAUGAAUCGCUCUCCAUUCAAUCUCGAUUCAAACUCGAGAGGUACAAAAAGGGGGUUUGGAGGGGAGUUAAUGAGGUGCAGCAAAAGAAGUGAAAGGUACCAGUUAGCAGGAGAAGUCAGCCAUUUGAUGGCAUUGGGAUCUUCUUCAUCAGCUCCAAAUGAAGUUGCAGCAGCAUUCAAUAUCCAUCACCCCCAAGAAACCAUGGAGGCUUCACAGUAUAGAGAUGAAGGAGGAAGUGCCUCAGAUUACAACAAAGUUACAUUUAACUCCUCCUCCUCCUCCUUAUAUGAAUCAAAGUCAAAGGGUAACAAAGAAAUUGUGAUCGGCUCGGCAUUCGAAGUCGAAGCCGAAGCGGAAGCGGAAGGCAUCGAUCUAAAUUUGAAGCUGUAAUUGCUAGGGGGAGUAGGUUAAUGUUUGUUUAGAAGAGAGAUUUGGAAUCUGUUUGUACCCAAAAAAAAUAUGCAUACAUACAAAUUAAGGUUUUUAAAUUCAAAUAUUUAUUUGUAGUUUUAGUUCUGGAGAGUUACAUUUGAUUAUAAUUUAAUCUUU